AUGUGUACACUUGUUCGGUACGUUUCUCCAACAAAUGGAUCUAUACGAACGGAGUUAUUGGAGCUGAUACCAUUAAAUGCGACUGAUUGUUCAGCAGUUAAAAUUUAUGAAGCAUUUAAACUAUGUUUAAAUCAGAAGGAUAUACCACUGAAUAAUAUAACAGGCUUGGCAUGUGAUGGUGCUAAUGUAAUGGUGGUAAAUCAUAAUUCUUUUUAUUCCCACUUAAAGACUGACGUACCAUCUGUGAUACUCAUGAAAUGUAUUUGUCAUUCUGCUGCUCUAAUAGCCAGUAAAGCGUGUGAACAAUUACCAAGAUCAACUGAAGAGCUCUUACGUGGCGUAGAAUCCUAUGUAUCUGGUAGUGCCAAACGGUGUGCUCAAUUAUGCGAAAUACAGGAUUAUUUUAAUAAAGAAAGAAAAAUAAUCCUUAAGUUAGCCAACACAAGAUGGCUUUCUAUGUACCAGUGUGUUUCAAGAGUACUGGAAACUUGGGAUAUAUUAUUACACUACUUUCAACUGGCUGUUUUUGAAGAUAAGUUAAAGAGCGCAGAAUUUAUUCUGGGUGAGCUCCAAAAUAGUUAUACUAAAGCAUAUUUACUAUUUUUGAAGUAUGUUCUUAAUUGUUUUAAUUCGUUCAAUGCAUUAUUCCAAUCAAGAUCGAUAUUAUUACAUAAAUUAUCUACUGCAUCUGUACAGUUAUUGAAAGAAUUCUGCAGUCAUUUUCUCAAGGUUGAUAUUCUUAAUCAAAUACAUUUAUCUAAAAUUGAUGUGAAAAAUCCUUUUUAA